UCGUGAUUGGGGGAAGGGCUUGGGGAGGAGAGGCAGUCAGGGUCUGAGCUGUUGGCCACAGGAGCCACUGGAGGAAAGGGAACAUCCUGGAUCUUAGCUGCUCUGGGCAGGAGCUUGGGACUGUGAAGACCCGCCCAGAGUGGGUUGACUGGAAACCUGAACCAUUGGAGCUGAGAUCAAGCUGCCUUCUUUCUCUACAUCUACAGGGAUUAGUCUUACUUCCCCUGCCGCCGCCAUCUCUCUGCCUUCUGGGAGUCAGUCCUGUGCAUGCAGGUCCUAGGCUCUCCUUGCUGGACCUCAGCCUGCCUCAAUCCCUGCAGCCAGCCUCCUGCCCAGGAAGAGGAGACAAAGAGCUUGCAGAGGACCCAGAGGGAUGGCCCCUGGGAGCCCUGGCCCCCCAGCCCAGGUGUUGGUGACAUUCAAGGAUGUGGCUGUGGACUUCACCCAGGAGGAGUGGCGCCUCUUGGACCCUCAUCAGAAGGAGUUGUAUAAGGAGGUCACACUGGAGAAUGCCUGGAACAUGCUUUCCAUGGGUCUUCCAGUUCCCAGAGAUUUGGUCUCCCAUUUUAAGCAAGUGGAAGCUCCAUGGAUGCUGGAGGAAGAAGGCUCAAGCAACUCCUGUCUGGAUGGAGAGAGGAGGCUUGAAGUGAGACAGACUACUGCAAAGUUCAGGGAAGAAUCACAACAGCAAAGAGUCAUGAAUGACGGUCAUUGUGACUUCAGCCUGAGAAAAAUCUGUGUCUCUGAUUUCAAGAUAGGAAAAAAACAACAUGAAUUUGAUAAAAACGGAAAGAGUAUCAUGCAAUAUUCCAUCUUAAUUCAGUGUAAGAAAGUGAUCUCAGGCAAUGACUAUUCUCAGGAUAGUAAAUAUAGGGAAUGCUUUAGUGUUCAUAAGAAACCUCCUGUAUUACAAACCUAUCAAUGUCAUGACUGUGAGAUGACUUUCAACUUAAAAUCAGAACUAAUUGGACAUCAGAAAAGUCAUGCUGGAGAAAUGCUUUAUAUACAUAAUGCAACUGAGAAGGCCAUCAGUCACAAUUCAGAGCUCACUGACCACCAGAAAAUUCAUAAUGGAAAGAAAUAUUAUGAAUGUAAUAACUGUGGUAAAGCCUUUAAGAAACAGUUAUCACUUCAUCACCAUCAAAAACUUCAUACUAGCCCAAAGCAGCAUAAAUGUAUGCAAUGUGGGCAAGCCUUCAGCAGACAGUCAUCCCUUAUUUCCCAUCAGAAGAUUCAUACAAGAGAAACAUCUUUUAAGUACCUUGAAUGUAUUAAAACUUUGAGUGAAGACUCAUCCCCUAUUGUAUAUCAAAGAAGUCAUACUGGAGAGAAACCUUAUGAAUGUAAUCAAUAUGGAAAGAAGUUCAAUCAGAAGUCUACUCUUGCUCAACAUCAGGGAAUCCACACUGGAGAGAAGCUUUAUGAGUGUAAUGAAUGUGGAAAGAGUUUCAGACAAAAGUCCAGUCUUGCUGCACAUCAAGGAAUCCACAAUGGACAGAAACCUUAUGAAUGUAAACAAUGUGAUAAGACUUUCACACAGAGGGGCCAUCUUAGUGUACAUCAAAGAAUCCACACUGGACAUAAACCUUAUGAAUGUAAACAAUGUGAUAAAACUUUCACACAGAACUCCAGUCUUACUGAGCAUCAGAGAAUUCAUACUGGAGAGAAGCCCUAUAAAUGUCAUCAAUGUGGAAAGAAUUUUAGGCUGAGUUCCAGUCUUAAUGCACAUCGCAAAAUUCACACUGGAGAAAAACCUCAUGAAUGUAAUCAAUGUGGAAAGACUUUCAAAUGCAAUUCUGAUCUCAUUAAACAUCAAAGAAUCCACACUGGAGAGAAACCUUAUGAAUGUAAACAAUGUGGAAAGACUUUCACACAGAGCUCCACUCUUGCUCUUCAUCAAAGAAUCCACACUGGAGAGAAACCUUAUGAAUGUAAACAAUGUGGAAAAACUUUCACACAGAGCUCCACUCUUGCUCUACAUCAGAGAAUCCACACUGGAGAGAAACCUUAUGAAUGUAAACAAUGUGGAAAGGCUUUCACACAGAGCUCCACUCUUGCUUUACAUCAGAGAAUCCACACUGGAGAGAAACCCUAUGAAUGUGAAGACUGUGGCAAAACUUUUAGCAACUGCUCAUCUCUUGUUGUUCAUAAAAGAAUCCACACUGGAGAGAAACCUUAUGAAUGUAAUCAAUGUGGAAAGACUUUCACACAGAGCUCUAAACUUGCCCAACAUCAGAGAAUCCACAGCGGAGAGAAACCUUAUGAAUGUAAUCAAUGUGGAAAGGCUUUCAGAAGAAGCUCCCAUCUUGCUGGACAUAAGAGAAUCCACUCUGGAGAGAAACCCUAUGAAUGUGAUGACUGUGGCAAAACUUUUAAGGACUGCUCAUCUCUUGUUGUUCAUCAGACCAUCCACACCAGAGGUAAAAUUUAUGAAUGUAAUCAGUGUGGUAAAACUUUCAGGCAAAAGUCAUCCCUUAUUUCCCAUCAGAGAAUUCAUACCAGAUAGAAAUCUUAUCUCAGUUAUGAGUGAGAAAAAGCAUUCAAAUGAAGUACAGAGCUUAUUAGUCAUUCUGAGGACAAGAUGAACAUGGACUCUAUGUGGGAAAUCCUUCAGUUAGAGAUCAUCUCUUACUUGACAUCAGAGGAUUCAGAGUGGAGGAAAAACCUUAGGAAUGUGCUCACUGGGGACAUGCUUUUUGUUGAAAGUGAGAGGUGUCUAGAAAUCAGAAUAUUCACACUGGAAGUAAGGUUUAUGAAAACCAUGAUUGUAGGAAAGCCUUGACAUGGUUUUAUUCUUGACUGUACAUUGGAAAAUAAAAAUUUGGGAUCUAAUUAGAAAGCAAAGUCUUGCAUCAGCAAAGACUUAAAAUUAGAUAAUCUAAAUUUCAUAUUGUGCACAAAGUCCUAUAAAUAUAUUGAAUUUUCUUCUGAAAUGCUAUUGUUUCUCACUACUCCUCAGCAAUGUUCUAUAGCAUUCUUAUAAGAUAACUUCAUCAGCCAUUCCCCAAUUGAUUAAUUUACUCCCUUGUUCCUUGUUUUUUGAUGAUACAAAGUUCUAGUAUAAAUCUUUUGGUUAAUAUUGAGCAUUAUUUCUUUAGGCUAGUAGGUGGCAUAGUGGAUAGUGUUGCUACUAGAGCCAGAAGACUUGAAUUCCCAUUCAAUCUCUGACACUAGCUGUGUGAACCUGGGCAAGUGUGACAUGGAAAUCACUUUAAAAGACUGAUAUAUAUUAAUUUAAGGUCGCCAAGGAAUUCAGCUAUGUAAUUCCUAAAUGAAAAAUCAAGUCAGCAGUCAACCUUUUAUGGAGUUUAAUUACAAACAGGAGGAAGAAAGGUAUUAGAGAUAGAGAGAGAGAGGGAGAGAGAAAGGGGAGAGAAGGGAAUAGGGCUUAAAUACCCCUUCUGUUUAGGCUGGGCCAAAAGGCCCAAUCCCUUAGAUAGCUGAGGCAAAGAAAAGAGAUCAGUCCCUAUCACUCACGUGACCAAAAUGGAGAAACAGUCUCAGGGGCCUCCACCUCCAGCUUCCUUCAGAGCAAGCUUCUCAGGGCAAAACCUCUCCAACCCCCCCAGUCCUCAGACCCUACUAUCUUUAAGGAAAACAUCCAAGUUCCCUCCCCUCAGUUCUCACAUCUACCAAUCACUGUCCAUGUCUUCCCUGUGCCAAUGGUGGCUGUAGCUUAACCCAGGACCGCCCAGAGGUCUGUGGCUUUGCACAUGUAUGUUGAAGGUCAUAUUCUCAAAUAAUUAAAUCUUGAUCCUUUGCUGCAGCCCUUCCUAAAUCCUGUUACCCUGAGUAGGGUGGAGAUUGGAAUAAUUAAAUUUUGAUCUAUGCUGCAGCCCUUUCCAUUGUUCAGCAAAAGGUUUCUGUCCUAAAGUAAUCUUAAGAAGGGAGGAGGAGGAACCUCCCUUGCCAAUGGGGUUCACAUUCCAAUGGUGAAAUUUCCAACAUUCACAAGUCUAAGAAAUUUUAAGGUUCACACAAGACAUUUACUAUAUUACUGCCUCUAUUUCCCCUAUCUGUAGAAUGUGUAUACUAAGAACAUCUACCUCUUAGGGUUGAUGUGAGGAUCAAAUGAGAUACUCUCUGUAAAGCACUUUGCAAAUAUUAAAUCACUUUAUAUAAAUGCUCACUAUUAUUACUAUUCCUUGGGUCUUGAGUCUUAUAGUAGAGCCACUAGCUAAAAGUAUAGACAAUUUAGUCACUUUUUCUUAUAUUUGAAUUGAUACUCAAAAUAGCCUCAAGCCUAGUUGGUGAAGCAGUGGCUUGUGAGCACAGCCAGCAUUCAGGAAGCUGCUCUGUAUCCCCUCUUCCCAGAGCUGGAGGGCAAUUUUUGCAUGUCCCAUCCCUUUGUCUAGUGACUGAAAGAAAGCACUUUCUCCCAUAAUCCAGGUCUCACAGAGUGUUUGAAUUUGCUGUCUGGGCACUGAAACUGGGAAAAGGUUCAUCAAUCCUAUCCUAGAGGCAGGCAGCAUGUAUAGUGAUAGACACUGAGUUUAGAGUCAGGAAAACUUGGGUUCAAAUUCAGCCUUGGAUGCGCUCUACCUUUGUAACUGGGCAAGUAAUACCCCCUUUGUAAAUUAAGAAGGUUGGCCUCUUGAGUACAAACAAUGCCUCAAAGAGAAAUGCAGAAUGAACACAAGCUCAGCAAAGGUUCUUGGAAGAGUUCUAGAAAGAGAUUUUUAAAAUCAAAUAAGAAUGGUAGAGGAAAAGUUGGGAAAAGAAAUAAAAAACAUUUUGAGAAAAUUAUGGUAGGAGAAUAAAAACCCUAGUAAAAGUCAUGCAAAAGAUGAAAAAAUUCCUUAGAAAUCAUAAUUGGCUAAAUAGUACAAUAGACACAAAAUAUCACUGAAGACAACUCCUUCAAAAUUAGAAUUGUUGAGGUGAAAGCUAUUAAAUUUGUGAAGCAUCAAGAAAUAAUCAAAGUAAAACAAAAAAACAAAAAAGGGAAAUAGGAACCUUUUCAUAGACAAAAUAGAUGACUUGGAAAGGGGAUGAUGGAGAAACUUAAAAUUAUUGAACUAGGAGUAGGUAGUGCAGUGAUUAGAGCACAAAGUGUGGAAUCUAGUGGACCUGUGUUCAAAUGUGGCCUUAGACACUUCCUAGCUGUGUGACUCUGAGCAAGUCAUUUAACCCCAAUGACCCAGACCUUAUUGCUCUUCUGUUUGGGAAUCAAUACUUAGAUUAUUGAACUACCUGGAAGCCAUGAUAACAAAAGAGCCUAGACCUCAUGUAUAAGAAAGUGUAAUGGAAUACUACUUAGAUAUUUUAUAACUAGAGUGCAAAAGUAAAACUAUAAAGAGCUCACUGGUCACCUCCUGAAAGAAAUCCCAAAAUGAAAACUCCCAGGAAUAUUAUAAGCAAAAUCCAGAAAUCUUAGGUUAAGGAGAAAGUACUACAAACUAUUAGAAAGAAUAGAAAUAUCAUGAUGCCAUGAUUAGAACUACUUGAUAUUUAGUAUUUAUUACUAUUAAGGACUAGAGAAUUUGGAAUAUGAUCUUCUGGGAGGCAAAAGAGAUAGGAGGACAAUUAAAAUUAACCUACUGAGGAAAUCUUAGUAUCAUCAUGAUCAGGGGGAAAAUGGUUAUUUAAUGAAAUAGAGGACAUUUCAGCAACCCUAAGAGUCUAGGGCUGAAUAGGAAAUUUGACAUUCAAACAAAAAACUCAAAAAAAAGAUAUAAACGUGAACCUGAGUGAGAAAUCACAGGGCACUUGAAAAUGUUACACUCUUUACAAUCCUAUAUGGGAUACAUGUAUCCCCUAAGAACUUUAUGAUCAUUAGAGUAGUGAGGAGCCUACUUAGAGGGCAUGGGUAUGCAUCUAUAGUGCUGAGAUAAUUCCAAAAGAAGAAUGGAAUAGUGAGAAAGAGGGAUGUACUAGGAGAGGGGAGAAGGGAGAGAAAGUAUGGGUGAAAUUAUCUCACGUUAAAGAGAUAUGCAAAGAAAAGAUUUAAAGCGAAGGGAAAGGUUUGUGUAAGAAGUGUACAUGGCUUUAUAUGUAUAUAUGAGUAUGUACAGAAACAGCUGGGGAAGGAGUGCAGUCGACAAAGAAAAAGGAUGGUGCUAAGAGUGUAAAUUCAGGGAGGUUAGUGUUAAUGAUUGGAAGCAAAACAGAUUUUUGGGGAGGGGAUAAUCCAAAAAAAGAUAAAUAGAAGAGAAUAAGAGGGAAGGAAAUGCACAAUGAGCAAUUAUAAUUGUGAAUGUAAUGAACUCACCUAUAAAAUGUAAAAGGAUAGCAGGAUGGUUUAGAAAACCGAAUCCGGCAAUCUGUUGUUGAACCAUGAAGACACUCAGAGAGUUAAAGUAGGGGGCUAGAGCAGAAUCUAAUUCACAUGAGCUAAAGUAAAAAUGGCAAAAGUGAUCUCAGACAAAGCAAAAUUUAAAAUAAACCUAGUAAAAAGAGAUAAUCAAGGAAUACAUUUUGUUAAAAGCUACUAUUGACAAUGUCUUAAUAUCAUUACUGAACACAAAAGCACCAUAUAGCACAGCAUCCAGAUUCUUGAGGAAAAAGUCAAAUGAGUUACAGAAGGAAAGAGGCAGGAAGACUAUACUAGAGAGGUCCUCAAUUUACUCUUCUCAGAUCUGGUUAAACCUAAGAAAAAAUAAAUGAGUAACAAUUCAAGAAAUAAAUUGAAUUUUAGAAAAGAUAGAUAUGAGAGACUUCUGGAGAAAUUAGAAUGAGGACAGAACUGAGUAUACCUAUUUCUCAGUUGUACAUGAAACCUUCACAAAAACUGACCAUGUAUUAGGGCUUAAAAAUUUCACAACAAACGAGAACAAGCAAAAAUAGAAAAGGCAACUUUUUUUGCUGCAAUGCAAUAAAAAUUACAUUCACAAAAGAACCUUAGAAGCAUAAAUUAAAAAUUAAUUGGAGGAAAGCUGGCAGCACAGUAGAUAGAGCACUAAGUGUGGCGUUGGGAGGACCUAGUUUCAAAUCUGGCCUCUGAUACUUCCUAGGUGUGUAACACUGGGCAAGUCACUUAAUCCCAAUUGUCUAUCUGUUCUUCUGUCUUAGAAGUGAUACAAAGACAGACGGUAAGGGCUUAACAAAAUUAAUUGGAAACUAAAUUAUCCUAAAGAAUAAGUUGAUCAAAGAAUAAAUCAUAGAAACAAUAGUUUAGUGAAAGAUAAUGAUGAGAGACAACAUAUCAAAGUUUGUAUCAUCUGGUCAAAGCUAUACUUAACGGAAAAUGUCUCUGAACACUAACACCAAUAAGAAAGAAAGAAGAGAUUAAUGAAUUGAUGAUACAUGCAACUACAAAAAACCCUAUAAGAACAACAUAUUUCAAAUCUCCAAUUAAACACCAAAUUAAGAAUCCUGAAUAUGAAAGGAGAGAUGAAUAAAAUUGAAAGUAAAAGGCAUUGUGCUAAUAAAUAAAAGUUGUAAAAUGUAUGUUAUUGGCUAAUUUGAUUUGAAAAAGAAAACUAAAUUACUCAUAUCAAAAAUGAAAAUGGUAUAUGUGCCACCAAUGAAGAUGAAAUUAAAGCACAAAUUGGACCUGUUUUGCUGAACCAUGUGCCAAUUUAUCCCAGAGUCUAAAUGAAAUGAAUAUAAAUACAGAUACAAAUAUGAAAAUAACAGAUUAAUAGAAAAGAAAAUAAUGUAGUUAAAUAAUCCUACCUUAGGGAAGAAAAUUAAAUGUCACAAGUAAGAUCCCUUAGAGAAAAGCCACAAUAUCAUAUGGAUUCACAAGCAAAUUCUAUCAAAUAUUUAAAGAAUGAAUCCAUUUGUUUGAAAAAAUAGGUAAAGAAGAGCUACUAAAUUCCUUCUAUGGCAUACAACUAUAGUUUUGAUAAGUGCAAGAAAACUAGACCAAUUUUCCUAGUUAAUAUUGAUGGAAAAAAUUUAAAUCAAAUAUUAGCAAAGUGAUGAAAACAAUAUAUGAAAAAGAUCAUACAGCGUGACUGAAUUCUUACCAGGAAUGGAGGGCACAUCCAAUAUUAGAAAACUAUCAUUGAUCAUAUCAAUAAAACAAGAAAAUUCAAUUAUUAUAUCAAUAGAUGCAGAAAAACAACACAAGCCCAAUGAAGUAAUGAUUAUAUUAAUAAAUGCAGAAAAAGUUUUUCACCAAACAGAACCCAUUCCUAUUAAAUAUAAUAUAUAUAAUAAAUAAUAAAUAAACCCAUUCCUAUUAAAUAUAGUAUAAAGGAUAAGAAUAGCUGAAGAUUUUCUUAAAAUAAGAAGUAGAAUGUAUCUCUAACUAAUGUAUUUUCUGUAUCAGAUUAAAACCUAGAAGCCUUCCCAGUAAAAUCAAGGGUGAAGAAAAGUCCAUUAUUGCCAUUAGCCUAGAAUCUCGUACUGGAAACACUAGAUGUGCCAAUGACACAAAAGAAAUGGAAGGCGCAGGCCUGGGCAAUGAGGACAGCAAAGGAGGGCUUUGGGCAGGUGCCAGGAUGGCGAACUUGUGGAACUCUGUAGACACAACUAAGACACCAGCUCCAAAGACAACGUUAGCAAAGCAGCAGGCUGUAAGGAAGCAGCUUCAGUCAGCUGGUAUUCCUUGCUUCAUGCCUCUUUCUGUUCCCUAAAUGUCGCCCCAUUCGAUGGUUGGCAUUUUAGUGAUAAGGUAGAAGUCAUAAUCCCAGGGAUUGACUGACUAACUGUGAGUGACAAUAAAUAAUGCACAACCAGAGUGUGAGUAAGAGUUUUUCUCCGAUGGAGCGUCUUCCAUCAUCUCGGUGCCAAGGGACGUGUGUGCCUGCCUUCAGCAUCCUGAAGUGUGUCCGGAUGCUCCUGAGGCGUUGUGAUCCCUCACGUGGCCACAGAAUGACCUUGGCCGUCUCUCUAUGUAUGGAUACAGAUAUAGCCCCAUAAGGAGAAGGUAGGGGAAGACCUCCAGGGACCGGAAGAUGGACUGGUCCCCUUCUGGGGUGAACUGGGGCAGUUUGGCUCUUUGGUGUAUAAAUCUCUGUCAGUGGAAGAGCUUGUGAUUUCAGCCCAUGCUGGGUCUGUCCAGAGACCCUCACUCUGAUGGGCACAUUCACAAUUCUUUUACAAAUUGGCUCCCCAAGACACUGAGGAUUCAGACUCCAGGAUUCAUUGGUCCUUCCAGUAGACAUUUCCAGGAGCUCCACUGUGGGAUCUUUUCCUUGAAGGACUUCUGAAGCCUGGAGCCAACCUCAUCCAAGCACCCUCCUCUUCUGACCUUUUCUUUUUCCCUUUUGGGCACUUUUUUGUUGUCUCUAUAUGUUUUCUGUUGAUUUGAGACUCUAUUUCCCUUGACUGUGGACUUUUAUUUUCUGUGACUUUGAUACACUUGACAGAUAGAUAGGUAAAGAAGCUUCAUUACAUGUCCUUUUCUUUGCUGGAAUGAGAGAAAGGGCCCUGUUUGGGAUAUGUUUUUGCUAGGACUUUGGUGGGUUUAAGGAUUUAUUCUGUUGCCAUUCAUUUAGUUUUGUGUGGAUCUGAGGAAUUAUUAGGGGGUUUGGAAAUAAUCACAGACUCUGUGACUAUUCCAGGAGAGCAGAGUCAUUUCUUUUCAUUUUCUGAACCUUGAAAUAACAAUUCCCAAAUUUAUUCUUUCUUUUGUGUGCUUCAAGAGCUAUCUCUUAUGUGAUAUGAAUUUGUACUCCUCUUUCUUUUAAGGACAGUUCUGAAAAUCCAUUUUGGUAUUGUCUCUAUCCUUUAAUUAGGUACAUAUUCAUACUUGAGGAGGAUAUCACAAGGCUCUCUGGUGUCCAGGAAGACUCAUGUCUCUUGUCCCCUGUGACUCUUGGUGUCCAGAAGAUUGAAUUCUGACCUGGCCUGAGGUCAAAGCUGUCCAACCAGAAAAAAGUGAUGCUACCGGGGUUACAAAUUAUGGAUCAAGGAAGGUUGUGGUCUCCUUGAGAGAAAGCAGUAGGAGUGAACUGGGCUGAGAGGUGAGCAGAGAACUCAGAUUAGCUAGGCACUUGGUCAUGGGAUUAUGGGCCCUUCUCUUUUGGGCCCACCUUCUCUAAUGAAGAAUCAUGAAUUAAUAUAGAGUCUUCAGAGAAUCCUAAUCCCAUCACUGGUCAGCACAGAUAGAUUUCCAUCCUCGUUUCUGACUGGGAAGAGGAAGCUCUCAAAGUUCUGUAGCUUAUUGCUUGAGGGACAGGUGGAUCAGCAGGUUUUUGACAGUAACUCCUUGGAGAGACUUUUGGGGUCCCAGGGGUGGGGGGAAGCUCUCAGUUAUCUAAUCCGGCAAUCUCUGGAGCCCCUCUUGUGAGAGGAUGUUCCUCUUCUAAGAAAAGGUUCCUAGAGGGUUCCCAGUCCAGGCCAUGUUGGUGCAAUGAGGGCAGGCUCCAAUGGUAGGAAACAGACUUCAGUGUAAAUGAGACCCCAGGCUGACUUAGUUUCAGUUCCAAAUGAAAUCUGGAUUAAUGUUGACGCUGUGAAUAAUAAUUCCUAUUCCUGUGGAAGACACAAGCCCCCACAUAAACCAUCUGAGCAAAGUUGAACAUUCACUAAGGGGGGAGCAGAAUGAGGUGAGGAGUCAGGCCUCAGGUGAGAGCCAGCUAAAGGCCAUAGGUGAGAGCCAGCAAGCAUAAGACCUGAGACUGCUUCCCUUAGAUGAUCACAUGGUGAGUGAUAAGGCUGACUGCCCUUUCCUUGGCUUUUCUGGAGGCACCUGUCUCUGGAAAGGCCCAUCUCUUGUGACUCCCUUUCCGUUGGCUUCCUGGAGUCACUAGCCUCUGAAGAGACCCCUUUGCUGAGACCUCAGAACUCCUGCCUGGUUCACAUUAGGCCGGGGCAGUUAUCCUUCCGUUUUUCCCCUCUCUCAUUCUUAAUUUCUUCCUUCCAUUGUAAAUAAACCAUCAUAAACUUC